UCUCUCUCUCUCUCUCUCUCUCUCUCUCUCUCUCUCUCUCUCUCUCUCUCUCUCUCUCUCUCUCUCUCUCUCUCUCUCUGUGCAAUGGACGCUGAACCGCUCGAUAAAUCGUCACUGAGCACUCCUCUUAUCGUGGAUGAGCGGCAAUACCAUGAGCCAGGCAGCAAGAUUAAGGUAGUUGAAGAAGAUUUAGAGUCCAACAACUCCCAUCCUCAAAGUAAAGCCACAACAUCUACUCUCAAAACCUGUUUCAAUGGACUCAAUGCUCUCUCAGGAGUUGGGAUACUAUCAGUUCCUUAUGCACUGGCAACUGGAGGGUGGUCAAGUUUAGCACUUCUGUUUUUGAUCGCUGCUUCGGCCUUUUACACAGGCUUGUUAAUCAAGAGAUGUAUGGAUAUGGAUUCUAGCAUAAGAACUUAUCCUGACAUAGGCGAACGGGCAUUUGGGCAAAAGGGAAAACUUUUGAUGUCAGUUUUCAUGAACAUAGAACUCUACUUGGUUGCUACAGGUUUCCUGAUUUUGGAAGGCGAUAACUUACAUAACAUGUUUCCCAUGGGAUUUGAAGUGGAGGGUCUUAAAAUUGGUGGUAAAGAAUGCUUCAUAGUGAUUGUUGGCCUCAUUGUUCUGCCAACUGUUUGGUUAGACAACUUGAGCCUUCUUUCUUAUGUAUCUGCUAGUGGGGUUUUUGCUUCUGCUGUCAUUCUGGGAUCAAUUUUGUGGACCGGUGCUUUUGAUGGAGUUGGAUUUCAUCAAAAGGGGUCACCGAUUAAGUGGAGUGGAAUCCCUACUGCUAUCAGCUUAUACGCCUUCUGUUACUGUGCUCAUCCUGUGUUCCCUACCCUGUACACUUCUAUGAAACACAAAAAACAGUUCUCCAAUGUUCUCCUCAUCUGCUUCAUAUUAUGCACCAUCUGUUAUGCAUCAAUGGCAGUUUUCGGGUACUUAAUGUUCGGGUCAACAGUUCAAUCACAGAUAACCCUAAACCUUCCAACUAACAAGGUUAGCUCACAAGUCGCAAUAUACACCACCCUGGUCAAUCCGAUAUCCAAAUUUGCUUUGAUGGUUACUCCAAUAAUGGUUGCUGUAAAAAGAAGGUUUCCUCAUUACCAGAAUAAAAGAUUCUUUAACAUAUUAGUCAGUACCACCCUGGUAAUCAGCUGUGUUAUAGUAGCUUUGGCGGUGCCCUUUUUCGCAUAUCUCAUGGCACUUGUUGGAGCGUUUUUGAGUGUCACAGCUUCAAUAAUAAUGCCAUGCUUGUGCUACCUGAAGAUUUCUGGCACUUAUCGAAGAAUUGGAUGUGAGAUGUUGAUCAUAUGGGGUAUAAUACUACUAGGUGCUGCAGUUGUCAUACUUGGUACUUACACAUCUCUGGAAGAAAUAAUAGGGCACUUGUUGGAGCAUUUUUGAGUGUCACAGCUUCAAUCAUAAUGUGAUGCUCGUGCUACCUGAAGAUUUCUGGCACUUACCGAAAAAUUGGUUGUCAGAUGUUGAUCAUAUGGGGUGUAAUCCUACUAGUUGCUGCAAUUGUUAAACUUGGUACUUACACAUCUCUGGAAGAAAUAAUAGGGCAUUUGUAGGAUGCUACCCAUAUACAUGUUACUAUAGUAGUUUUCUCGCUUAUUCUUGUUUCUUCUUAGACUAGUCUAUUGUAACUGACUAACUGGUGAGUUAUAAAUCCAGGAGAGUUUUGCUUGUAACUAGCUGCAGAGUUCACAUUAAUUUGCAUAAUAUAAAUUUCAAAUUUUAAAAGUCUUUCCUC